CUUCAUCUUCUCCUCUCUUCUCUUCAUCUUCUUUCUUCUUCUUCUCUCUGUCGCACAACCUCACCGUGGAACAGCUGCACCGCCUCACCGCCGCACCUCCUCAACCCGGCCGGCUCAGUUGCCGGUCGUGAGUCGCCUCCGUCUUCACCAGUCACCACCGUCCAGUCGCCUCCUUGCCUCAGGUUCUUAAAUCGUCGUUCUCAACUUCUCAACCCCUGUACUAUUGUUGGCUUGAUUUUUCAGACACUCGUGCCACUAAAGGACCCAUAGUUGCCGAUAAAAAUUGUAUGAUAAUUCACUACAUGGCUCCUAAUAUUUACUACUGUGGAGCAGGGACUGCUGCUGAUACUGAAGCUGUUACUGUUACCAAGGAUAUGUUUCAGUUGCUUUGGUUCUUGAAGAGAAAUGGUUCUCACAGUGUUUACAUGGCACUACGGAGGUCGUGAAGUGUCUGUGUAUGGGUGGGGUGAUGGAACUGUGAUGAAUUCGAUGAAUGGUUCGACCAUGGCUUUAAGUUCAGCUAUUGAUCUUCCCCCAGGUUAUCAUCAGUAUAAAUUCUUGGUUGAUGGCACAUGGCAAGUUGACGAGGAACAGCUUCGUGUUAUUGGUGAACAUGGUGUUAUCAACAACUUAAUUUUUGUUGAGGAACCAAGCGCUAAUGCUCAGAGAUUACCCCCUGAAGCUGUUCGGGGUACCUUGGACUUGGAUAGCAUAAGAGAUGCAGCUUGAGGUCACUGCAAAUACCACUAAAUUCUUUUUCCCGUCAUAUACUUUGUAGUAUUGUAGUCUCUCCUUCCUUGAAUCCUUUCCAUUAAAAAGAAAACCAUUGCUCAAUUUUUUAGAUCUCAUACUUUGUAUUAUUGUUUUAUAGAAUAUGAUUGUUUACUUUUUGCAAGCAUCUGAAUUUCUUAUUGAUUCUUUUA